AUGUCAUCUCAAAAUCAAUAAUCUAAUCAUUUUAAUAUACCAGACGGCUAUCGAUGGAUUAAAAAAAUAGGCGAAGGUGCAUAUGGUUAAGUGCAUUUGGUGUAAAGCAUUAGAGAUGGUAGUAAAUGGGCGAUAAAAAAUAUAUAUGUUAGUGGAGGUGAAGAUGUGAAAAAAAAACGCUAAUCUGAAUACAAAAUCCUUAAGAAGCUUGAUAAUCCUCAUAUAAUUAAGUUCAAGGAGGCUAUUAAUUAUAGAAAUUAAUAAUUGAUUUAGAUCAUUAUGGAAUACACAGAUGGUGGAGACUUAGAAAAACUAAUAGAAAAAUAAAAAUAAAGUGCAAAACCAUUUGAAGAAGAGAAAAUUUUAGAUUUUUUUAUUCAAAUUUGCUUGGGCUUGGAUUGCAUACACAAAAAUAAAAUAAUUCAUAGAGAUAUCAAACCUGCAAAUAUAUUUUUAACUGCUUUUGGUUAAUUGAAAAUUGGUGAUUUCGGAGUAUCAAAAGAACUUUAAUACACUAAAUAAUGUCUAAAAACAAUAGUUGGGACUCCGUACUAUAUAGCUCCAGAAAUUGUAAGUGGAUAUGCAUAUAAUUCAAGUGUUGAUAUUUGGUCUUUAGGUGUUAUUCUAUAUUAGCUGUGUUGUCUUUAACCACCUUUUUAAGACUGGAAUGAAGCAAAUCUUUACUGUAAAAUUAAAAAAAAACCCUAUCCACCUAUAGCUUAACUUUAUUACUCAGGAAAACUUAAAACAUUAAUAUCUAAACUCCUGAGAAAAUGCCCAAAGGAACGCUAUACUUUAAAAUAAAUAUUCGACGAAUCUUUAAUUUAAAGUAGACUCAAAGUAUACUUAAAAAAAUCCAUUUUAAAUAGAUCUCCUGAUAUACCUUAGGUAAAUAAUUUUAUGGAGCAAGACUCAUUAUUGAAUCAAUUCAUAUAGAAUGAUCACUUGUAAGAAAAUAGAUAAGAAAUUAACCAAUAACCUGUUAAUAGCAAUGUAAAUUAAUAAAAUAUCAAUCCAACUUCUGCUAAUAACUAAAAUUUCGAAAGUAAUAAUAAUUAAUUAAAUGAGCUUAGGCCAUAAAGUUGUGCCAAUAGGUAAGCUUAAGAAGAAUAAAAAAAUGAAUCUGCUGAUAGGAGAAAAAACUUACAAAAACUUGACAAAUAAGAGUAAUCAAAUUUAGAAGAAAAAAAUGCACAGAAUAAUAAUAAUAAUAAUAAUAUAGAAAAUAAUACAAUUCCAGCUAGUCCAUAAGUAAAGAAUUUUAACACUUUAAAAAAUGAAAAUAACACUCAUCUAAGUGGAAAGAGUACUUCAUAAAGUAGUUAAAUAUCGGACUUAGAAACACCUGUCGCAGAGAAAAAGGUGUAGCAUUGUCGAUCAUCAGUUAUAAUAAAAAUUAAAAACAUUACUGAUUAGAGAAAUGAGUAAAAUCAAAAAAGUUAAGAUAACCCUUUUAUUUUACCAAAUCAAUAAUAAAAUAAAAAAGAUAAUCUUUAGUAGUUUAAAUCAAAAUCAGUUAUUGUAUUCAAUGAAAGAGAUUUCUUUUGUAAUAAAUAAAUAUUGCCACCUCUAACAUAAAUACAAAAAAUAGAAAUCGAAAAAGAAAAUGUAAAUCAAAAUCAUUUGAAUGAAGAUUUAUAAAAAUAAAUUUAAGUAAACAGAAAAUAUGAAAACAUAUUUAGUACACAUUAAAAAUAAAUCAGUGGCUUAGAUAAAUAAAAUAUUCAAUAUGAAAAAAAAAUAAAAUCGAACCUCAAUUAGGUUGAUAAAUUCCCAAUAACUCCAACCAAACCAGAUUAAAAAGAUUUGAACACAAAAUAAAAUGGUAAUUCUUAAGAACAAAAAAAUAUUUCUAAAGCAAAAAGAAAUAAUUUUAAUGAAUAAGAAUUCAACACUCAUUCUUGUUAAUUAUUGACCGGAAAAAAAAAAAAUUUUGUAGAUAAGGAGCAGUCACAAGAGAAGAAUUCCAAGGUUCUAUUUGAAUAAAAAACUCAAAAUAUUUGUCUUGAGAAAUAAUCGUCUAAAAAUAACAUGAUUAGAGAGCUAAAUUAAUUUUAAGUACCUUAUUCAGAAGAUGAAUACAUCAAAUACCUGACGUGUUUAAUUUAAAGUGAACCAAAUUAUGUCAAAGAAACCUAUAAUGAGGAAGAUUUACUUUAGGAAAAUGAUCUUAAACUAAUAGAUGAUGAAGAUUUUUAUUAUGAUGAUUACUUUGAAGAAGAAGAAGAAGAAGUAGAAGAAGAAGAAAAAAUAAAUAAAUAACAAGAAAGAGAUGUAGAAAAGAUUUAUAACAUUCCAAGAUAAUCACAAGAAUAAUUUAAUUAAUUGAAGGAAGAUUUCUUUAAAAAAAUGACACAAGAGUAAUUCAAACUACUUUACAACAUAGUAAAUAAGGAGAUGUAAAAUUAAGACUUCUUAGAUGAUACACUAAAGAACUAAAUAAAGAUAUUAUAAAAAAAGAUUCUCUCAGUUGAACUAGAUGAAUUAAAGUAUAAAAUAUAAUAAUUAAUUUAUCUAUUAAGUUAAGAUUGA